UAAUCAAGCAGAUGAUUGGGUCUGCAUCCUGUAGCCACGUACUACAUAAACUUCUGCAGACACUGGAUUCAAAGAGCCAGUACGAUGGAGAGAUGAGGGAGCGCGCCGCGAGGAUAGUGGCACACCUCGCCAGCGACAUCCACGUGGAGCAGUUCCCGCGAGGUCUUCAGUGUAUAUCCUCCAUGCUCGAGACCCGUUCCCAAUAUGAUGGCAACAAUGACGGCGGCAAAUCUAGGGUCACCGACUACAAAGAGCUGAUGCUGCAGGGGCUAUGUAUCCUUGGGAACCUUUCCGCUGACCGUGCUUACUGCGACGCCAUAUGGAAUACUAAAGGCCUGUCUCCAUGAUCAUGGCGCCCAUAAGCUCUGACCUACUCCACUGCAUCAAUCAUGAUGAAUGGACGUCCGCCAUAGUGGCCGCAUCACUGCAAGUCAUGUGCCAGAUCGUGACUGCUGCUGGAAACACUGCUGAGGCAUUACGUCGUGAAAUCUCGGGAAACUGUACAGCGAUGCGCACCAUGCAAAUAAUCCUAGAUUGUGAGGAUUGUGGUGAAGAGCUGUGUGUACUAGCCAUCAAGAUCCUCACACAGCUAGACAUGGAGAACAGAGAAAGUUUCAUCUGCAAACUGCUAGCCAUCUUCACUGCUAAUAAGGACAGCCACAUCAGAGGAUUGGCAGGUGAAAAGCUUGCCACACUGUCUGUCGAAAGCGAACACAAUGCCAAGAUCAUCUUAAAUAAAAAUGAUGAUUUUGUUAGACGACUUACUGAAGUGCUCUUACAAGACGAAAGCAAUGAAUGCAGAAUAACCGCCGCGUGGAUUCUGGAGAGCCUAUGUAUUCGUCAUUACACGGAUGAGGAUGAUGAAUGUGUCAAAAGACUCAAAGAAAUCAUGAUUGACGUGAUGCCAAAGGUACUCAGGGAGGUACUUCACUAUGGUCCGAAUACAAAAGAAGCAGCAGAAGACACGGGCUUGUCCACUCAAGCCAGUUGUGAGUCUUGUGACUUAGAAAAAGGGCAGCGUGGUGAUGAUUCACAAGAUAGUAUCCGGAACUAUUACACUUCUGCCGAGCCAGGCGAUGUGCACUGCAACGAUGGUCAAUUGCAGGCAGAACUGUUAUCCUUCAGUGUGAUGGUUUUUGAUAAACUGAUCGAUGCAGAUCCGAACUUGCCUCAAAAAGUUGUUGCAAUUGCCCCUCAAGACAGUGUAUUCAGUCUGGCAAGGAAACUCAAGGAGAUGGUUGAAAGGUACAGACUUUCGGCUCAUCCGCCGGUUGACUGCUUGAGAAUGCUUAAGCUUACCACUAAGAUAGUCAUUGCAAUAAUGAAAAGCAUAGAUUGGCACUGGGACGAAGACAUGGAGAGCUUGAAGAUCUCACUGUCCAAAGCUUUAGAGAAAAUGUCGGAUUUUGACGGACUCAUGAUUAUCUCAAGUGCUGGCCGCGAUCAUGGUGUUGUCGAAAAAAGGAGCGAUGUGACUCUAGGUUCCCUCAUAAAGGAAGCGUUUGUACUUCUAGACAAGAUCAAGUCCCGAAAAUUAGAGAUUGUGCCGGUUAUAGCUCUGUCAAGGGAAACCUGACAAAUUGAGUAGGCUCUGUCACUGCAAUGUAUGCUAUAACGGCGGCAUGCAAAUCUUUGAGUGAUUGUUGGUUAGGGAGCUCUUUUAUGUAUGGACAACAAUUUUUCAUCAUGUUUUAUGCUGCUUGAGACA